AGUUCACAUUUCCUAAAAUUCUCAAUAGAAUUGGAGGAAAUAAUCGAUGAGAUGGCGGAUGCCAAGAACUCCAAUCCGGACAACUUCAAAGGUUGGCUGUACAAAUGGACCAACUACAUCAAGGGAUACCAGCGUCGCUGGUUCGUGCUUUCCAAUGGUCUGCUGUCGUACUACCGUACCCAAGCUGAGAUGGCACAUACCUGUCGUGGAACUAUCAACUUAGCUGGAGCUUAUAUUGAUACUGAAGAUACCUGCAACUUUGUCAUUUCCAGUGGUGCACAGACAUUUCAUCUGAAAGCCAGCUCUGAGGUAGAGAGACAAAGAUGGGUGACAGCAUUAGAACUUGCCAAGGCUAAAGCCAUACGCAUGAUGGAAGCUGCCUCAGAUGAUGAAGAUGAAGCUGCACCAACAGAGCCAGAUAAAAAUGACAUCCAGAAUACGCUACGAAUGCUGAGCAGUAAACUGGAGGAUUUAACAACUUGUAACGAUCUUAUUGCAAAACACGGUGCUGCCUUACAGAGGUCAUUAAGUGAAUUAGAACUUAUACAGGACCCAGCUGAAGCUAGCACUAAGAUAAAAGCUGUCAAUGAGAGAGCUACGUUAUUUAGAAUUACUUCUAAUGCAAUGAUUAAUGCAUGUGCAGAUUAUCUAGAUCUAGCCCAAACUCAAGGAAGGAAGUGGCAGAGAGCAUUACAAUAUGAAAGAGAGCAGCGUUUACGCCUAGAAGAAACAGUUGAAACAUUAGCUAAACAACAUAAUACACUAGAACGGGCUUGUAGAGGAAAUCUAGGUCCGGACAAAGGUAAAUCCAAAGGUAGCGCUACUGAAGAAUUUAGUGAUGAUGAUAAUGAAUUCUUUGAUGCUAUAGAAGAAUCACCAAGCUUUACAACAACAGUGCAGAUACCAACUCAUAUCAAAGGACACAGGCGUACAGAUAGUGGUGCAAGUAUAACCAGUAUAGCAAGUAGUGAAGGUGCGGGUCCUAAAUACGACGAAGAUCUUAGCAGUUCAGAUGAUGAGAUGUCAACAGGUAGACAAAAUCAAGGCAGUGUCAUAACAAUAAAGACACAGGGGCCGCUUCCAAGAAGUGGCUCUGAAGUCAGUGUGAACUUUAAUGAACCAAUAUCCAUGCUUCAGAGACUUACCGAAGAUUUUGAAUAUUCAGACAUCCUGGACAAGGCAGCCCAGUGUGAUGAUUCAUGUGAGCAGUUAGUCUACGUAGCAGCAUUUACAGUUUCAUCUUAUGCUAAUACCACUCACAGGACUGGAAAACCCUUUAAUCCACUCUUAGGAGAGACCUAUGAAUGUGAUAGGACGGACGACUGGGGAUGGAGAUCAUUAGCUGAACAGGUGAGCCAUCAUCCUCCAGCUGCAGCUUUACACUGUGAAAGUAAGGAGUGGGAAUGCUGGCAGGAGUUUACAAUGACCAGCAAAUUCCGUGGUAAAUACCUGUUAAUUAUACCGCAAGGGAUAGCUCAUCUAAGGUUUAAGAAAUCCGGUAACCAUUACACAUGGAGGAAGGUUACAACUACUGUACAUAAUAUUAUUGUAGGAAAACUCUGGGUGGAUCAGUCUGGAGACAUGGAUAUAUUCAAUCAUAAAACGAAAGACAAUUGUCACCUGAAAUACGCUGCUUAUAGUUAUUUCUCGAGGGAUAUACCGAGAAAGGUAACUGGUAUUGUGACAGAUGCUGCUGGUACAGCAAAGUAUGUCAUAUCUGGUACUUGGGAUAAGAAGAUGGAAGCUGCUAAGAUACUACACGGUGGUGAAAGACCCAGCUCAGGUAGUAAAGAGAAACAAGUAUACCAGACUGGACCCCCUAGACUACUCUGGCAUCGCAAUUACCCACCUCCUGGUACGGAUCUUACAUAUGGUAUGACUGAGAUGGCAUGCUCCUUGAAUGAACCAGAAGAGGAUGUGGCUCCUUCUGACUCUCGAUUGAGACCUGACCAACGCCUCAUGGAGGAAGGUUUGUGGAAUGAAGCAAACCAGGUCAAGGUUCAACUGGAAGAGAAACAGAGAGCGCGUAGACGCAAGCGAGAAUCAGAAGGUAAACCAGUGGAAACUCACAAGGCUGUCUGGUUUGAAAAGAAACAAGACCCCUUGACCAAAUCACUCAUACAUGUAUUCAAUGGACAGUACUUUGAAGCUAAAAAGACACAAGAUUGGGGAAAAUGCCCCGACAUUUUUACCAUAUAAAGGAUUGCCAGGUCGCAGUCUCCAUGUUUACAAGUGUACAUUUCUUCAUGGACUUGGUGCUGGAGUUUUCAUUUGGAGUCGGCAUGUAGUUGUCACAGGCUCUGAC